AUGAUUUGGUAUGUGGCCACUCUGAUAGCAAGUGUAUUCAGCACCAGAGGAACGGCCGCUCAAGGUGCCCACGGAGUGAGAGAGGAGCCCCGGUUUGUGACGGCUCGCGCUGGAGAGAGCGUGAUCCUGGGGUGUGACGUGUCCCCUCCCCUGGACGGCCAGCAGCCCCCCUAUGUGGUGGAGUGGUUCAAGUUUGGAGUGCCUAUCCCCUUCUUCAUCAACUUCCGCUUCUACCCUCCCCAUGUGGAUCCAGAGUACACUGGUAGAGCCUCUCUGCAUGGGAAGGCCUCCCUGCAGAUUGAUCCGGUGCGCUCCGAGGACCAGGGCUGGUACGAGUGCAGGGUCCUGAUGCUGGAGCAACAGUACGACACCUUCCACAACGGCAGCUGGGUGCACCUCACAGUCAAUGCCCCACCUUCAUUUACAGCGACGCCGCCACAGUAUGUGGAGGCGAAGGAAGGGGGAAGCACUCUGCUUAGCUGCUCUGCCCAGGGAAAUCCAAAACCAAUGAUCAGCUGGCUGAGGGAGGGGGAGGAGCUCGCAACCAACGCAAAAUACUCGGUACAUGAUGGCAGUCUGACCAUCCUUGGCAUCACCAGAGAUGACAGAGGGGCGUACACAUGCCGAGCCUACAGUGACCAGGGAGAAGUGCUCCACACUACCCGUCUGUUGGUUCAAGGGCCUCCAUACAUCGUCUCACCACCCGAAAACGUCACUGUAAACAUAUCCCAGAAUGCACUCUUCACCUGCCAAGCGGAGGCGUAUCCCGGCAACCUGACCUACACCUGGUUUUGGGAAGAGGAUAACGUCUACUUCAAGAAUGACCUGAAGCUCCGAGUGCGCAUUCUCAUCGACGGCACCCUUAUCAUCUUCCGGGUCAAGCCGGAGGAUGCCGGGAAAUACACCUGCAGUCCGAGCAACAGCCUCGGUAUCUCGCCCUCAGCAUCAGCCUACCUGACUGUUCAGUACCCUGCCCGAGUGAUCAACAUGCCCCCGGUCAUCUACGUCCCACGGAAACUGCCAGGCAUCAUCCGCUGCCCGGUGGACGCCAACCCACCUGUAACAUCAGUGAAGUGGGAGAAAGAUGGCUAUCCACUCAGAGUGGAGAAGUACCCCGGUUGGAGCCUGAUGCCAGACGGAAGUAUCCGGGUGGCGGAGGCCACAGAAGACUCCCUGGGCACCUACACCUGUGUGCCUUACAACGCCCUGGGUACCAUGGGCAUGUCCCCCCCUGCCACUUUGGUGCUAAAGGAUCCCCCUUACUUUAAUGUGAGGCCUGGGGGGGAGUACCGUCAGGAGGCUGGUAGAGAACUAGUAAUCCCCUGUGCUGCUUCUGGAGACCCUGAUAUACCAACCAUCACCUGGAGAAAGGUGGGGAAGCCAAGCAGGAGUAAGCACAACAUCCUACCCAGUGGCAGCUUACAGUUUGUGUCCCUCAGCAAGGAGGACCAUGGAGAAUGGGAGUGUGUAGCCACCAAUGUGGUCACAAGCAUCACUGCCAGCACGCGUAUCCUAGUCAUCGGCACCAGCCCACACGCUCCUGGCAAUAUCCAUGUAUUGCCCUCAACAACCUCUGCUAAUGUGUCCUGGGAACCAGGUUAUGAUGGCGGCUUCGAACAGACAUUCUCUGUGUGGUACGGUCCAGUGUCAAAGAGAAUAGACUUCGGUCCUCACGACUGGCAUUCGAUGCCAGUUUCUGGUGCUCAGACCUGGUUGGUGGUGCCAGGGCUGGAGCCUGGGACGGAGUACCAGUUCAGUGUGUUGGCACAAAACAAACUGGGCACGGGCCCAUUCAGUGAAGUUGUGACAGUCAACACUGCAGGCUCCCCUCUGGGUACCCCAGAACCACUGGUGCUUCUUACUCCACCACGGUGCCUCACAGCCAAUCGCACGCAGCACGGUGUCCUCCUCACAUGGCUCCCUCCAGCCAACCACUCCUCACCCAUCGACCGAUAUAUCAUGGAGUUCCGCCUCGGGGAGAGGUGGGAGGUUCUGGAUGACCUGAUCCCGUCCACUGAGACUGAGCUCAUAGCCAGAGACCUCGUUCAGGAGUCCUGGUACGAGUUUCGAGUGAUGGCCGUCAUGGAUGACCUGAUCAGUGAGAGCAGCAAUGUAGUGGGAGUGUCCAGCACAGAUCCCUUCCCUCCUGCGGAGUUGCCUGAUGAGGGGCUGGCGCGUCCUGUGGUGGCCGGUGUUGUGGCAACUAUCUGUUUCCUGGCAGCGGCCGUACUGUUCAGCACUCUAGCUGCUUGUUUCGUCAAUAAGCAACACCGUCGCAAACUCAAGCGUAAACCAGAUCCUCCCUUGUCGGUGACACACUUCAGGAAAAGCAUUGAGUCGCCGUUAUCAUCGGGGAAAAUAAGUCCAGAGAGCUCCCCUCCAUCUCGACCCCGCUCUCUUUCAUCGGAGGGUUCCCACGGCCCCGGCCUGUACGUCAGGAAGCUGCCAAGCCCUCAGAGAGAAAAAGACAAAGAGCUCUCCUUCUACAAGAAAACCAAGCGUGCCAUAGCCAGCAAGAAAUACAGUGUGUCCAAACACGAGGCAGAGGUCACCACGCCUAUUGAGCUGAUAAGCCGCGGCCCCGAUGGCCGCUUCGUCAUGGAGACCAGCCCGCCUCCCCGCCGCAUCCAGGGCUUCCCCUUCGCUGAGGAGUCUGACAUGUACCCUGAGUUCCGGCAGUCCGAUGAGGAGAAUGAUUUUGACCCCGGGCCUCUGCCGCCCAUCAUGCCCACGCUGCGGCCCCAGCUCUCCCCAACGUCCUCCAGCCUGGAGUCAACGCAGCCCCCCACCUACAGUCCCCGCCUACACAGGCCCAUGGAAGGUAUGAGCUUUGCAGAGGGCAGUGCACUUCACGCCUCAGGGCAGGCCCCGGCCUCCCGCUACAGGGGCUUUCCCCAGGGCCCGUUCUAUGGGUAUCUAGGCAGCCGCGCUGAAUCAGGGAUUCCACCACCAUUCUACAUGCCUGACAUCAGCCCGCGUAGCUCCGCUCUGUCCUCGCCCCCAGGCACCGCCGAGGGGCCCUUUGGUUACCCCUCCAUCCCCGAGGAGAGUGGAGAGAUGGAGCACCAUCAGUACACUGCCUCUGGCCAUUCUCUGUCUCACACACACAGCCCUCCUCCUCGCUCACCUGAAAGCUGGCAGCCUCAUGAAUUACCCUUUUUGGGCCUAGAGGGCCCACGGUUCAUAUACCCACCACACCAUCCCUUACAUCAUCCCCAGGACCUCCCUGACCCACCCCCAUACCCUCCUCACUCUCUCCCCCCCAGUCGCCUGCACCUCCCUUCCCUAAAGGAUCCAACAAGCCCUGGACUCCUGCAGCUGGAGGUCCCUGUGGCUCCCCCAGGCAGAGACAGGCCCCCAGGGCCUCCGGUUAGGCGUUUAGCUAUGCAACAGGCCCAAAGUCUCGGCCAGCUCAGACACACGGCCCACGGUGUGGGUGUACCAGUGUUGCCUUACCCUGACCCGGCAGCCCGUGCAGGGAGCCCAAGCACAGCCCCCAGUAGUAGCCCUCAGUCCUGGCUCAGCCCGAGGGCAGGGCGCCGGGCAGACCCCAGCCUACCCCCGCUAGUACUCCAGCCCUCCCGACUCUCUCCACUCUCCCAAAGCCCCCUUAGCACCCAGCCGGGUUCUCCAGAUAUUCUAGUGCGGCCCCCUCCGCGCCCCAGCAUCCUCCGCACCUCUCGGUCUCUGGAGAUGCCUGAGAUCACCCUGCAGCCCUCGGCCACUGUCAGUUUCUCCCGGAGGUCCUCCCUGACCGCCUCUCCCACUCAGAGCCAGUGCGCCAAGCUACCCAGCCCCAGUUACCACGCCCACAUGUCCUAUGCCUCCACUGCAGCCAGUUACCCCUCUCAGUCUCCCUCUCCCCCUCCGGAGGGCAGGGAUGUUUUCGGGCAGAGGCCAUCCCAGAGAAGGACAGAGGAGGAGAUGCUACCCUCAGAGCCCUCCCAGCUCCAGAUAUCAGCCUCAGGGGAACCUCUAGGUGCGUCUAGUGAUACUGCCGGGUCUGAGAGCUUACCAGCACUGCUACACCACUGUAUAACUAAAGCCAAGGGAGUGGCUGCCAACAACAAUAACAAUACAACCUCCAGGAGGAGAACAGACGUGUCUCCCUCUCAGACCCAGCAGCAAUCUCAGACACCCCAAGAGGGCAAGGAUCUCAGCUUCCACAGAAAGAGGAAAAGGCAAAACAAGAAGAACCCCUAUCUCUAUUUGACCUCCUUCCUGCACCGCAGGCAGUCUGAGGAGGACCAGACAGGCAUCCUGGCCAGUGCAGACUCUGAGGGCCCAAAUUAUGGGACUCUACGCUGA